AGAAUGGCCUGCGAUUGUUUGCAGAUUGGCCAUGGUAAUAUGAGCUGCUGAGUCAGGCGUUGUCAUCCGCUUCUAAGGCGUGCGAGAAAUUAGCCCAAGCAGUCACAAUGUCACAUUCCACAGUCCCAGUCGGCCUGCCACCUCAGGACGUGGCAAAGACGACCGUAUACGAGGCCCACGGCGAUGCGGAGUCGCUCCGGCCCGGGCCCGGUGCCGGUCAAGUUGGCGGCAACGGGACCAGCGACGGCGACGGCGCCGAUGACGAUGAUGAUGAUGAGACGGAGGAUCCGGCACACAUCAAGAUGCUGGAGCGACGGCUGCGGCGCAAGGUCGACCUGCGGCUGUGCACGAUUGCGGGCAUCCUGUGCUCGCUCAACCUGCUCGACUCGGGCGUCAUCAGCUCCGCGGCGGUCACGUCGAUGCCCGCCGACCUCGGGCUCGAGGGCAACCGCUUCAGCGUCAGCAUCUUCAUCUUCACCAUUGCCAGCAUUGCCUUCCAGCUGCCGUCGACGAUUGCCUGCCGUACCUUUGGGCCUCGGUUGUGGUUCAGCUUCAUCACCUUCUGCUUCGGCCUCAUCACCAUGUGCACCGCCUUCAUCCAGACCUGGCAGCAGAUGAUUGCCCUCCGCGUCCUCCUCGGCGUCGCCAUGAGCGGCAUCUACCCGGGCCUCUCGUACCUCAUCUCCGUCUGGUACCCCCGCCGUGAGCAGCAGACCCGCUUUGCCUUCCUCCAGAGCGGCGAGGUCAUCAUCCUCGCCACCGGCAGCAUCGUCAACUACGGCCUCAACCAGCUCGAUGGCCGUGGCGGCAUUGCCGGCUGGCGCUACAUGUUCCUCGUCCAGGGCAUCAUCUCCAUGGCCAUCGGCAUCCUCACCUACUUCUGGAUCGUCGAUUUCCCCGAAAACGCCCACAAGUCCUUCUACUUCCUCACCCCGGAGGAGCAGGCCCUGGCCGUCAAGCGCAUCAACGCCGACCGUCACGACGUCGAGCCAGACCCCUUCGCGUGGUCCAAGAUCUUCAUCCACGCCCUCGACCCCAAAGUCUACGGCUUCGCCGUCAUGUUCUUCCUCCUCAACCUCGUCUCCACCUCCCUCUCCUACUUCCUCCCCAUCAUCCUGCAGUCGGGGAUGGGCUUCUCCGCCAACGAGGCCAUCCUGCUCUCCGCGCCGCCCUACUACUAUGCCGUCAUCCCGGUCCUCCUCUCCUCCAUCGUGGGCGACAAGUACAACCUCCGCGGGCCCGUCAUCAUCUUCAACUGCCUCUGCCUCGUCGUCGGGUUCUGCAUGCUCGGCUUCGCCUCCCAGGUCACCGUCCGCUACAUCGGCACCUACCUCGCCACGGGCGCCUACAUUUCCAACUGGGCCGCCCUGAGCACCUAUCAGGCCAACAACAUCGCCGGCCAGUGGAAGCGCGUCUUCACCGCCGCCACCGUCGCGGCCAUGAACGGCGCCGGCGGCAUCGCUGGCAGCUUCAUCGUCAGGAGCGACGAGGCCCCGGGCUACAUCACCGCCGUGUGGGUCUCGAUCGGCUCGCAUCUGGGCAUCAUCUUCCUGGUCGGCGUCUUCUCGGUGUGGUUCUGGUCCCAGAACAAGCUGCAGGGCUCAGGCAAGCUUGUGCUCGAGGGUGUGAGGGGUUUCAAGUACACGUUUUAGAGCCCCGCGACGGGGAGAAUCUUGGUGAUGCGCGAAAGACUGGCAGAAGCCAAAAUUCUUUG